AUGUCCGACCUCGAUACAUUCACAUUUAUUCCUCUCCAUAUCGACCCUAAGUCGAAAGCAAUCAGCGCAGCACCAAAUGCGCUUGGCACUCCCUCCGCCAAUAAGGCCCUCGAAACCGAACUGGCUGCCCUCAACGCUCUACAUCGCGCUUUGCACACACAGAUUGAGGGCCCUAUUCCCGUACCGCCGCCCCCUGUUCCUGUGAAUCCGAAGCGGUCAGCCAAUAUCAACAAGCUUCGAGAAUCAGGAAAUGCCGAGUACCGCAAGCAACGCUAUGGCGAUGCGAUCAAACUGUACACUUUGGGUUUACAGAUGGCGUUAACGCGCCCAGCCUGGGAGCCAGCUGGCCUCGUACGUGAUGAAAUCCACCAGUUGUAUAGCAACCGAGCACAAGCGUACAUGCAGCUGGGGCAGUGGCCCGAGGCUGCCGCAGACGCAGAAUGCAGCGUUGAAGCGAAGCGACAAGGUAAUGCGAAGGCCUGGUAUCGCAGAGGGAAGUGUCUUAUGGAAAUGAGAAGACUACAGGAAGCACGGGAGUGGGUUGCCAGGGGCUUGGAAUUUGAAGGUGAAGAAAAGGAGCUGGCCGAACUGUUGAAGGAGAUCGACAGCAAGCUGGCGGCCGAGAAGGCGAGCAGAGAUGCCUGA